AUGAUCAACAUUACCGACAAACUCUACUUGAGCUCCUUCGCCGGAGAUGAUCUCUCCACACGCAGCUACAGCACAGUAGUAAGUUCCAGCAUCAGAGAGGCUGAGGUUGUUCUUGGGGAGUUUGUAGAUACAGCUCUGUGUGGCUCGAUAAAGAUUGACAUUGUUUCUCAGAAUGGACUAAACGUAAUUCAGGAUGGAGAAAAUCUCAAUCUAAACUGCUCGUUCUCAUCCUCUGAAGAAUCAUCUACAGCCUGGUUUAAACAGACUCCAGGAGAAAAGCCUCUCCUCAUUGCCUCGGCUCAUCACUCCAACCCAAUUAAAUAUCAUAAUGAUUUUUAUGAGCAAGACCGUUUAAUUGCUUUAAGAGCAAAGAACAGUUUUAUUCUGGGCAUCUCAAGUGCAGAACCAUCUGAUUCAGCUACGUACUUCUGCUCAGUCACGUAUAAUACAGAGCACGCCUUAGCAGACUGGACCAUUGUAGUGCUCAAAGGUUCAUCUUCAAGUCUCUACACUGUUCUCCAGCCUCCCGUAUCAGAUCCAGUCCAACCGGGAGGAGAUACAACUCUGCAGUGUUCAAUACUCACAGAUAACUCUGCAGGAGAUCACAGUGUGUACUGGUUCAGACACGGAUCAGGAGAAUCUGAUCCAGGAAUCAUCUUCACUCAUGGAAACAGGAGUGAUCAGUGUAAGAAAAGCUCUGAGACUGUUUCUCCUACACAGAGCUGUAUCUACAAACUCCCCAAGAACAACCUCAGCCUCUCUGAUGCUGGAACUUACUACUGUGCUGUAGCUGCAUGUGGACACAUCUUCUUUGGAAAUGGAACCAAACUGGACUUUGGAGGAUGA